AUUUUAAAGAGUUAAAUGAAAUGUUGAAAGACAUGAAGGUCUUCUGCGACAGAACGAGCAACAUAUUUAAAAAGAUAAGUCGGGGUGUAGAGAAGGUGCAGAAUUUAACGUAGGAGGGUCUUCAUAAAUUGCAGAGCGUCGUAAAGAAGUACAAUUUUAUUAGUGAUGACCUUGACAAAAUUGAGAAGAUAAUGGAGAGUUCCCGCAUGGAGAAAAGCUCAAACGGGAACACCAGCCACAGCGCGAUUCAAACUAAAGAAACCGCGAUGGCUCCUGCUCCCCACUACGGGAAAAGAGAGAGUGAGCUCACCCUAAGUCCCAUUGAGGCUGGCUGCUCCAAGCCGCAGAGUAAGAAGCUAAGGGUGCAAAACGCUGGGGAUGCAACGACCUCGACCCCGAAGAAAGCGGAACAGGUAGCAGAACCUGCCUUCAACAAGUACCCGCUGGAGCAGCAGUUUUGGCCUUAUGUCAUUCGUGAUAAAGCAGAACCUAAAGAUUCCCUUCAAGGCCACUUGCAAUGCAGAUCUUCAAAUUUUAGUUCGAUGAAUUGAAUUCCACUUCACCAUUAAAAACCUCAUAGAUCCACAUAGAGAAGCAUCUUGUGAUUCGUUAUAUUUGCAGUCAUGUUUUAAAAGCACAUCAGUGCCUAAUAAAGCCUAUUAGAAAAAAAUUUCAAGUUAAUUUUAGUCCCAGUGGCCGUUUAAAUGCCGAAUACAAGCCAUUAGAACCCAAAUCCAAAUAAAGAGGUUCUUUAGAACCACUUAAGACCACAUGAAAACCAUCUGCAUCCUAUAUGGUUUUAAACAGUUUAUUUUGAUAACCUAUUAGGCAUUUUUACUAGGGCAAACUGCCAAUCCGGCUACCAUUCGAGUCGUGAUGACGGCGAAAAAAAUUCAUUUUUUCAAAGUGCUUUAAAAUUUAGUUGAUAUAUAUCAAAAAACAAUAAAUACGGAUGAUUUUUUAGUAACAGCUAGCCAUUUUGUUUGCGAGAAACAUUUUCUUCAUG